UCCGGCAUGGAGGACUAUAGCGGUGUUGACGUUAGCUGGCUGCACCACUCCAAUAAAGAUCACCACCAUCGACUGCAAGCACCAUCCUCCCCGGGACUUGCGAGAGACGCUCCUCCUCGAACCUCAGCUCAUGGCGGUCUUCCCGAUCGCCACCCUCCACAUACUCCAAGCGCAUCCUCUACCGAGAAACCGCCCUCUCCUCCUCCUGCGCCUGCAACUUCGGCUUCCAAGCCGAUUCCGAAGCGACCCAAUAUAAAUGGACGGCAAAGUUCGGAAAAGAUCCCAACCCUUAACCCGCCAGAUUCGAAGUCCCCUUCCAGGCGCAAUUCGUGGAUAAGCAGCAUAAGCUCCAAGUUUUCGUCAGCCCAAAACACGGGACAGCAGCCUCAAACUGCGCCGACAUCUACUCCUCCGUCGACGAUCAAUGGCGCUCAAGGCGCUACGUCAUUGCCAGCGACCUCGGCUACCGGCCCAAAUGUGAACUCUGGGGCUGCCAAUGAAGCAACUGGGGGACCUCCGGACUCUCAGAUACCCCAAGCUCCGAAAGCUGGGACGUCCUUCUUUUCCAAUGCGUUGCGCCGCCUCUCGUCUGGGACGCAAGCCUCUCCCCUCGGCAAGGUGCCCCCUCAUGGAACAAUAUGUCCCCGGAAGGUCAUGAAUGUUGACCUGAAUCGUGAUCGAUGUCUCGUACCGGAAUUAGAGCAGUCCAAGCUUCGGCGGGUCGCGUUUUGCGUCGAUGUCGAAAUUGCCGGCGGGCCUCGGUACAAGGACGAGGGGGAUUGUGAGGACAAGAAAAAGAAGCGCAAAGACAAGAAGCUCAAAGAGCGAGGUGAGGGAGAGGCCCUCAAGCACCCUGAAGCUGUUGCCGAAGAGAAGGAAAAGGCUGGCUUGGUACAGGUUACCAACGAGACUAUUGGAACUGAAGAUGUGCUGGGUACUGAAGGCACAUCAAACGAAAACGAUAAGGACUGCAAGAAAAGAGAGAAAAAGAAGCGAUCCGAAGCAGAACGUAAGGAAAGAAAAGAAAAGAAACGGAGGAAGGCUGAAGAAAACGGUACCGUACCCCUUGAAUUGAGCCGGGACGAUGACGAAGCAAGCCCCAAUGUUACUCCCGCGAUAUCCGGAACGUCAACUCCAAGAGCCCAGGAUCGGCCGACCACUGAUCCUCUCCGCAUAUAUCGACGAUGCUGUCAGCUCAGAGAAACGCCUAUUCUGAAGCGCGUAAGCGACCAACUCUCGCACCCUUAUAGCUGUGCCGUUGCUCUCCCUGGAGUAGUCACAUGUUUGGACCUCACUGGUUCCAGGUUACAGCUUGCCGACAUUGUUACUCUUGGAGACUGGCUGGCUAUCGUGCCCGUGAUGAAGCUCAUAAUGGACGAUUCCGAUCUCACAGAUGAAAAGACCCGCGUCAUUCUCGCCGGGUUACUGUCAGCCAAAAUUCCAGAAAACCUAAAGCGUCGGUCUAGUACAUAUGACCGGGGUCAGAAUGGUCAGAUUGGGAAAUUUGAGAAACGCACCGGAGUGAUAGAGAAGCUGUCCCUGAAAAACAACCCAAAAAUUACUCGCGAGGGUUGGAAGCAUAUUAGCUUAUUUAUCUAUAUGUGCAAGUCGCUGAAGGCUAUCGACGUUUCCAUGGUCCCAUUCCCUCGAGCACAGAGCAUACCUUCGACAAACGGAACAGCAUCACCGAAACCACAUCAAACAGAAAUUUCCGACACUCUGUGCAAGGCAAUAUCGGAGCGUCUUGGUGGCUCAAGACUGGAAGAGCUUAUCUUAGCAGAAUGCUCCCUUUCCACUCAGGCUAUCAGAAGGAUUAUUGACGCGGUGACUGUCAGUGGUAUUCAGCGUUUGGGUCUCGCUGGCAAUGAUAUUGACGAUGAAGGGCUUGACCAUGUCAUCCGAUAUGUCCGUUCAGGCGUCUGUCAGGGCUUAGAUCUUGGUGGAAACGAUCUAAGGAAUGGUAUCGGCCGCCUCUGCGCAAGUAUCCCGCCAGAAUGCGCACUAUGUCUUCUCAGUCUUGCAGACUGCAAUCUUGAACCGGAUUCCCUGAAGCCACUCCUUCCCGCGCUCGCUGCUCUACCCAACUUCCGAUUCCUCGAUCUCUCGCAUAACCGCGAUCUGUUCUCUACGCCGCUUCCGAGGGCUUCCCUUUACCUCCUCAGGAAGUACCUUCCUCUCAUGCAGAAUUUGAAGCGAAUUCAUCUCAUGGACGUAUCAAUGUCACCAGUUGAGGCCAUUGGUUUAGCUGAAGUACUUCCGGAAUGUCCUCAUCUUGCACACCUGAACAUUCUAGAGAACCCGCAACUUUCAAUUGUCUCAAGUGCGUCUGAUGAAGAGAGCCAAGAAGAUGCUUGCGCUCUGUACGCAUCUUUGAUGGCAGCAGUAAGAGUUUCCAACACCAUUAUCUGCAUAGACGUCGAUGUGCCCGGUCCAGAGACGGGCGAAGUCGUCAAGGCUCUCGCCAAACAAGUAGUAGCUUAUUGCCUUCGAAAUAUGGAACGCUUAACAGAAGUAUCCGAGUUCAGUGGCAUUGGAGAAGGGAAAGAUGUAGAGGUACCGGAAGUGCUCCAACAUCUCGUUGGCCGAGGUGAGGGAGAGGACGACGACGAUCCUGCUCCAGAUGAUGACUACAUAGUGGGAGGGACAGGAGUCGUCAAAGCCCUCAGCUACUGUUUGUUGCAGAAAGCAUCCGAGCUACGGAGACCAUCACAUCCCACCAGCGGAGCUACAACACCUAGCCGUAUUGGCGCCGCAGGGAAUCCGGGCAAAGCCCUUAACAUGUCGAAAAAUCUCCUCGAAAGUGCCCGAAAUAUUCGGGCUCGGUUACAACCAGCGAUAGUGAGAGAAUCCAGGCUAGACAAUGAUAUGGGGUAUCGUCGUCUCUUGUUCCUCGAUCAAACACUUCAGGGCAUGAUCCAAAGAUUUGAGGAAGAAUACCCUGAGUGUCGUCUUUAUUCCGCUGGCAACAUGUAUUCCGACACUGCAUCUACACACUCCUCUGCCCACAGCUCAUCAUCACCCCCUACAUCCACAGCCGCAACUUUCUCCACGAGUCCUUCAGACACGCACGCCAUCGAAUCUGAUGACGAGGAACGCAAGGCUGCGAUUCGCUCCCGCCACAACUCUGACGUCUCGCUCGCUUCACGUGCUCUUUCUAUGGAGGAAGGCAGAAUCCAUCGCUUGGGUCAACGCGUUCGUGCCGAGAUUUACAAUCAUUCUCGGCCCUCCUCUUCCUCUGGACUAGGUGACCCUCUUUCACAAAUUGAGGCACUCUCAAAAGUGAAGGACGGCCAUUCCACUCCUACACUACACGAGAUUCGCAGCAAGCUGGAUGCAUUGACCGGAGAAGAGCUGCGCCUUGCGGCAGAACACGGCGACUGGGAGGAGACCCUCAACCGGAUCGGCGAGAACGCAGAAGAGAUCCAACGGCUAAAGCAUGAGUCGCCAGAGGAAUUCAAGGUGUUCAGCGAUGCGCAGAGGGCGGCGCGGUUUAACACCGGGAAAGCGCACGAGGGCUUUCGAGCCAAUGGGUCUGCCAUACACGACCAGAACGACUCUGCUAUUGAAGAUUAG